AUGAGCCGAUUGAAAAACAGAUGGAGGGUUUGGAAGAACAGAAAAAUCAGCCACACUCAAAAAGGUGCAAGGAUAGUAGAUGAUGAUCUCAAGAAGAAGGGGAAGAAUAGAGCUCAGAAAAAGAAGGAAAAUAAUAAUUCAACAAAUAAUGAGACUGAAGAGAGCAAUUACAUGCCAGCUUUACCUUUUCACCAGAAGGAAAUAAGAGAGAAGUUGGGCAAACAGUUCGAGCACUUUCUAGAAGUGUUCAAGCAGUUGCAUGUGAAUAUAUCUUUCACAGAGGUGCUUUAUCAGAUACCAGCUUACACUAAAUUCAUGAAGGAUAUAUUUCCUAAGAAUCGGAAAGUGGAAGAGGCAUCAGUUGUCAAGCUGACAGAGCAUUGUUCUUCUAUUAAUCUUAUGCCUUUAUCUAUUUAUAGGAAAUUGGAGGGUGAGAUUGGAGAAAUCAGUUCGAUACUUGUGUUCUUGCAGCUGGUAGAUCAGACUACCAUCAUACCUAAAGGAAUAGUGGAAGAUGUAUUGGUUUGGGUAGACAAAUUUGUGUUCCCUAUAGACUUCAUUGUGGUUAACAUGGAAGAGAAAAGGGAAGUCCCUCUGAUUUUAGGAAGACCCUUCUUGUCCACAGGAAGAGCAAUUCUAAAUAUUUAG